UAUUUCUCAUAACUUUGAACAUGAUCUUUAAAAAUAAAUUUAAUAGUUGUAACUCAUAAAUUUUCAAAUACUGCUAUAUCGAAAGAAAAUAUUGUUGCUCGUAAGUUAACAUGUUGCUUCUGUGCUAGCUUUAAUUUUUCUUUUUUUAUUAACCCAUAUAUAUCAAUGUUAUGAAUCUAAAUUUGAAUGUCUGCUUUUAAUUUUAACUUAAAUGUAUCUUUAAUUUGUCAUUGAAUGUCUUUACUGUCUAGUGUCAUUGCUAGGGCCUUGUACCUAUGAUAUUUGUAAAAAAGUUUCUUAAUAUAAUUUUUCUUUAUUUUUAAUAUUGAUGCUUGCAAACCUUGUUUUCUAUUUCAUCAUAUAGAAGAAAUUAAAAAGAACGCAGUAGUCUCAACAUUUCUAGAAGCCAUUUAAAAAAAAAAAAAAAACUUCAUUGACGAGUUAGCGUUAAUUUUUAAAUAUUUAGUAGAGCUCUUAAAUGCAACAUUUUUCACUUUUAAGUGCCACUAUUGUGUUUAUUAAACAUAAAAGUGUAAGAACAGUGUAAAAUAUAAAAAAGAAAAAAUACAUUGCUCUUUUUUAGAAAACAAUUCCAAUUAAAUAGAAUAAGCAGGAUAAUAAUUAGGAGUUCUAAAUUAUUCAUGUACUUUAGAAAACCGUAGAAAUAGAACGUUUUAAGGCCCCUCAAAGUCUGAUGAGGGCUCUGCAAAAAGUAUUACUUUGUUUAAACUUUUGAAGAGUUUUUUCUACAUACUGCUUUAUUUGUUCAAUAUAUUUUAUAAAUGCUUGAAAUUUUAAUUCAAAUACUCAAAAAAUUUUACAGGUUUGGAUGGAAACAUUCCAGGAUCUCAAGAAUGCAUGUUGUAUAGCUGCCAUAUGUGUACAUACUAUACACUGUUUGAAAGAGAACUUCAAAAACAUGUAGAAAGCCAUGAUAUUCAGAGACCGUUUAAAUGUGAUAGAUGUGAAAAAGCAUUCACUCAGAAACAUCGUUUGAUAUCUCAUCAACGUAGUCACACUGGUGAAAAACCAUUCGCUUGUGAAUUCUGUUUUAAGCGGUUUUCUCGCAAAGAUUCAAUGCAAACUCAUCUAAAGCUUCAUAAUUAGUUCUAUCUCAUAGUAACAUUCAAGAUUCGGACAAUCUUAUUAUCUGUGCUUCAGAAAUGUUCUAUUGCUCCAUGUGUGAUUUUUCUUCAAAACGUAGAGGAGAUGUUUCCCUUCAUUUAAAAAGCCACAAGCCUUUCUCUUGUAAAUUAUGUGGAAAGGGAUUUGCAUAUAAACAUGUCCUAAAAACUCAUAUGCUGACUCAUUCAGAAGUUUUGCCUCAUUCGUGUCCUAUUUGUUCUAAGAGAUUUCGUUACAAGCAAAGCCUAGAUUAUCAUCAGCAUCUGCCUCAUAUUAACAUUCAAGAUUCAGAGGAUCUAAUUAUUUGUACUUCAGAAAUGUACCGUUGCUCAAUAUGUGGUUUUUCUUCAAAACGUAGAAAAGAUGUUACCGUGCAUUUAAAAAGCCACAAACCUUUCUCUUGUAAAAUGUGUGGAAAACGAUUUGCAUAUAAACAUGUCUUAAAAACUCAUAUGCUGACUCAUUCAGAAGUUUUGCCUCAUUCGUGUCCAAUUUGUUUUAAGGGAUUCCGUCACAAGCAAAGCCUGGAUUAUCAUCAGCAUCUGCAUUUUGAAAAAAAAAUAUGAAUUCUCGAAAUUAUUAUUGGUGUGUUUGAAAAAGGAUGAAAUACUUUUAUAAUUCUUUCAUCAUAUUUUAUGUGUUUUCUGUAGAUAUAAAUUUAGAUUCUUUGUGAACUCUUUGAAAUCUAAUUUAAAAUGUUUGGGUCAUCUAAAUAAAAAGUAUGCAAUUGAGAGUGUCAGAUAUACAAUAGCGAUACCAUUCAUAGUAAAUUUUAGGAAUUUGUAAAAGGUUGCAUAUAACUGAUGAAACAGUUUGCAUUCAAGCAUUUAAAAUUGGUAUAAAGUUGUGUUGAGAUAGAUUCGUCCAGAGCAGAAUUACGGCAGGGUGCUACCUCUCAGAAAAGGACACUUUAAGUUUUAGAAGGGCACUCACUUACCACCAUCAUCAAAAUUUAUCAAAAUGUGUAAUAUUAUGUUAUAACUGAAUUUGAUCCUCAAUUUUUAAAUUAUCCUCAUAUUAUUUUAUGUGUAUAUUUCACGACGUAAUUCUCACUCAUUAUUAAAAUAACAGGAAAAUUUGAAGCUUUUGAAAAAUAAUUAAACGCAAACUAAAAGACAAUCUCUGUGCAUAAAUUUUUAUUUUAAUAAAAAGAUUCUAUAUUGAUAUAUAACUUGAUGGCUUUUUUGAUAUUUCAAACUGAAAAUUAAGAGAAAAUAAAAACUUUAAGUUCAUUUUUAAAUAAAAUUUAUUUAUUUAACGGUAAAAUUUAGGGACAAUGGUAAAAUUUAAUGUAAAAUUUAAAGACAGAGCAAACCACCCUUUUAAAAACGCUUAAGAUAAACCUCAAACGAUGUUUAUAGGCUGAAGGUAAGCAUAGUGCAUACAUUUAUCAUGGAAUGUUCACAAUUUAUUGCAAACAUUGUGUAAGACGAACAGUUGUGAACAAAUGGUGUAAAAAGAUUUCUGAGGUAUGUGGGUCAAUAUCAGAUCUGCAAAGGUCCAAAGCGAAGUAAAUAUGUCCCAUUGCUUCUAUGUAUAAUUAUUUGGGGCUGUCAAAAGUUUUGUUCUUGAUAACUGUGCAGCUCCCCUAUCUGGGUGAAUUUUGGAGGUUUACAUUCUGCCACUAAAAUUAGAACUACUUUGUAUUGUUCAAUUUUGGAUACUUCUUUCGUAGCAGCACAUCUUUACUUUAACUUUAAAUGUUCUCCUGUAGACUGGUGAAUCAGUUAUAUGCAGUCUACGAUGCACUGCUCUCCUUUAUAACCCUGAAAAAGCCUUCUGCUGUCCCUUGUGUUCACUUUUCUUUUAUAUUGCUAACUCAAAUAAAGUCAAUUUUUUUUACCUGAUAUUGCUUUUAGAAAAAGAUCAUUUUGUAUUACAUGCUCUAUAUUUGUGCUCUCUUUAUUUUUAAUAUUCUUAAUAAUUGUUUUUUUAUAGAAUUUGUUGUUUUUGUAUCAUUCCACAGUACUUGUCUUGUAAUGUCCCAUACAUAACAAAACUUUAAUUAAUUUUUACAAAAUGAAAGCUAAAAGAAACUCAAAAUUGUGCAACUGAAACUAUACAGAAUGCAUUAGAAAUUUUUGUACAGCCCUUUUAUGGUACAACAAGCUUAAAUGUAUUAGGGUUUUAACAUGUUCUUUUACUACUAUGCUUAGUAUUAUGGUGUAUAUUAAAACACAUGAAAAAAACUUACUAACGAAAUAGGUAUGAACUUAAAGAUGCAAAUGUACUAACCCUCUAUAUCUAUUAAAAAUAAAACCAUCAAAGAUUUAUUCUAUGUUUUUUUUUUUUCAAGAUGCUAAGGAUAUUAAACUUUUCAUUACAUAGUAUCAAUAAAAUGUUACUUUUAAUUAUAUGCUCCUGAAUUUACUCUCUUAACAUUUAUUUUGAUUAGAGUUCACGUAUCUAAUGUAGUUUAGGAUGAGUAUUUAUAUAUGUAUAUUAAAGAGUACUUGUAUGUUGCAAUUUGCAACAUACAGAUAACAAUCUGUGAUUGGCUGUGAACUACAAUUUAGUAGCAAAGUUAUUGUGGAGUGCAUCCACAAAAUAUUGUAAUAUCUCAGUAAAAUCUGGAAAUUAUAAA